AUGGCGGGGCUGCCCCGCAGCAGCUCCCCGGGCUCCGCCGCCGCCGCUCUGCCCGUCCCGGACGGCGCCUUCCUCCGCUCGCCGCUCGGGCUGCUGAUGGUCGCCCAGUCCGUGCUGGGCUUACUGGUGUGGGCUCUCAUCGCUGACACCACGUACUACCUCCAUGCAGCAUAUGGCUGGGUGAUGUUUGUGUCCAUCUUCUUCUGGAUAUUAACAGUCCUUUUCUUCAUGGUGUAUCUCCUGCAGCUUCAGCUGAAGUUUUAUGUCAUCCCCUGGUCCCUUGUGCUGAUGAUCUUCAACGCUGCAGCCACCGUCCUGUACGUCAGCGGCUUCGUGGUGUGUGCGGCCGCCGUGCAGCCCACGUCCUGGCGCCAGUGGGACUACAACCGCAGGGCUGCUGCUGCCUUCUUUGCCUGCCUGGUGAUGGUCAGCUACGGGCUCAGCACCUUCUUCAGCUUCCGUGCCUGGAAGGGGCUGGGCAGCAACGCGGCCACCAGCCAAGUGAGUGACCACGCAUAGGGAGCAGCUGGCACAGCCCAGCCAGGGCCAGCUCCUGCCAGGCCCCGUGCCCUGGGGCCUCCUUUGCCACCAGGUCUCGUGGUGGUGGCUGUGCUGUGUGGCUGCUGCUCUGUGGUGUCCUGUGAUGCUUCCAGAUGUGUCCCACGGCACAAGCCCAGCAGCAGCGACCCCACGCCGGGAGGACACGGCUGAGGCUCCUGCCCGUCCUUGGGGC